UCUGUCCCUGAUUUUUGUUCUCUUGAGGGCCUCCCCUUUGCUGGAAUCCUCUGGUGGGGGAAUAGGUCAUGGAUCCUGCUUUACCUCAUGGCUGCCUGGAUUCCACCCACAACCUUUUGACCACUUCUCAGGAAAGUGACCUUGGAUGGAGGUGGUGAAGACAGACCCAGCUUAGCAAGGACAUCCUGCUCGGCUUCUGAGUGGCACAUCCCUAUGCCCUGUUCUGUGCCAGAAGCAGCAUGGUCUUCAGAGCAGCAUGGGCCCUGACAGAGUGACAGCCCGAGAACUGUGCGAGAAUGAUGACCUGGCUACCAGCCUUGUUCUUGACCCCUACCUCGGCUUCCGAACCCAUAAGAUGAAUGUCAGCCCUGUGCCCACCCUUCGACGACAACACUACCUUCGCUCAGCACUGGAAGCUUUCCUAAGGCAACGGGACCUGGAGGCUGCAUACCGGGCCCUGACACUGGGAGGCUGGAUGGCCCACUACUUCCAGACCCGGGCCCCUCGGCAGGAAGCUGCCCUCAAGACCCAUAUUUUUUGCUACCUCCGCGCCUUCCUGCCUGAGAGUGGCUUCACCAUUCUACCCUGUACACGCUACUCCAUGGAGACCAAUGGGGCCAAGAUUGUGUCUACACGUGCUUGGAAGAAGAAUGAGAAACUGGAGAUGCUGGUGGGCUGCAUUGCAGACCUGCGUGAAGAAGACGAGUAUCUGCUUAGGGCUGGGGAGAAUGACUUCAGCAUCAUGUAUUCCACACGCAAAAGGAGUGCCCAGUUGUGGCUUGGUCCGGCUGCUUUCAUCAACCAUGACUGCAAACCCAACUGCAAGUUUGUGCCCUCAGAUGGGAAUACUGCCUGUGUGAAGGUGCUACGAGAUAUUGAGCCAGGGGACGAAGUCACAUGCUUUUAUGGCGAGGGCUUCUUUGGUGAGAAGAAUGAACACUGUGAAUGCCACACCUGCGAGAGGAAUGGUGAGGGGGCUUUCAGACUGCAGCCCAGGGAGCCAGACGAGCCAGACAAGCUGCAGCCACAGGCCCUGGACAAGUAUGAUCUCCGAGAGACAAAGCGGCGUCUGCAGCAGGGCCAGGACAGCAGCCAGCAGAGCUUGAUGAGCCUGUGGGCCUGCUCCCACCAGUCCCCACUGCGCCGUGACCCAUUCUGUGCUGCCUGCCAGCCCCCAUGCCUGCUGCCUGCCAGCCCCCACUUGGACUACUUGCCCCUCUGGCUCCAGUGGAUGUCCCCGCCCCAGCCCAGAGUACGUCCCCGGAAGCGCCGCCGCCCUAGGAUCCGUCAGGCUUCAUUGACCCCUGUCUUCCACACUGCCAGUGUCUCCCUACACCGAUGGGGAGGCUGUGGUCCCCACUGCCAACUACAGGCAGAGGCCGUGGUGACCCUACACCAGCUCCCCCAGACCCGCUGGACCCCACAACAGGACUGGUACUGGGCCCGGCGCUAUGGGCUACCUUCUGUGGUGCGUGUGAAACUUACCCGCCUAGCCCCUGCCCUACCAGCUGCUCCUGCCCCUGCUGGGAGCCCAAGCCCUGUCCCCACCCCCGACCUUAUCCCUAAGCAGGCCCUUGCCUUCGCUCCCUUCUGCCCACCUAAGCGCCUCCGGCUAGUGGUCAGUCAUGGUUCCAUUGAUCUGGACAUCAAUAGUGGUGAGCCAUGAUGGGCUGCUUGCAGGGAGCCCACAUUGGACUGCAGAGUCUCUGCCUGGACCCCUCCAGACAGGAAAGAGGGAUUUGACCCUUGACCCAGGUCUGAUCCUGGGAGUGUUGCUUAGGACAUCCCUAGAGAGUUGAUCCUUGUUUUAUGAGCGCUGACCCCUGAGCCAACCCCACUCCAGCAGGGAGCCCUGGCCAUUUGAUGUCCCCCUCCCCAUCCCUGCCUCCACCUCAGGACUGUAGGAGCCAUCCCCUUCCCCUCAGCCUCUUCCUCCCCAGGGAGCAAAGCCAUAAGGGGGUAGGGGCCACUCCAUGGCAACUCUCUAGAAGCUCAGGCCUCAGAAGGUGGAAUUGACUUGCGGGGAUUGCCUUCCCAGAGCUGCUCCCACAAUGGGGAGUGGGUUGGCUCUCAGCUCUGCAGUUGUUAGAGGUAGGGGCAGUCAGAUGGGGUGGGUGAUACCCGGGGCACAUCCUUGUCCCUGCCCCGUGGGUCUCAGGGAGGCCAGGUGUGACCUCAUCUUUCUCACGGUGCUAUCCCUGGUGCUAGUGGGGUGAAGGGGAGGCUCCCUCUCCUCCCCACACCAGAAUGGGGUAUGAUGGAGGAUUGGAAGAACUUGAACUUUUUAUUAAAGUCUUAUAAGCCCUUA